AUUUCAUGGCGAUCGGGAGAGAGGGAAGACCACCGACGCACACACACUGUCUCAAUCCAACCGAAAUACAUUUAUUGGGGUAAAUAAUCCGCCGCUCGUGCAUUACUACGUUACCGGGGUAGCGAAUGAUGCACGCAUAACGUGCACGUGGGGGAUAUCCACGUUUCCUCGGUGAUCUUGCGUUACUGAAUUUCAGAUAUUCACUUUGUAGCGCCAUUCGCUAAUAACGAAUCGGACGAAAUGGGAUCCACCAGUACGCAUCUCCCACACGCAGUAACGUUAGGCUAGCAAGCAAGCUAACUUGCUAUGCUAACCAUCCAACGGUAGUUUGAUAUGUUUGUUAAAAUAUAAACUAGCCACCAUUAGGUCGAACUUUUUCUGUAUUUUUGGGAUGCUUACAGCGCGUUUUGUUUAAUUCAAAUAUGAUUCCGAUAAUAAGUAACGAUGUGUUUAUCUGGCACGGUUAUCUGACCAACUAACCUUAGCUAAUGUUAGCUUACUGGCUAACUAGCUAGCCAGAUGCGAAAACAAACGGUCGUUAUUAGUAGCCAUCCAGUUAAUUUAGUUACUACGGUUAGUUAACUAGCUAGCUAACAUGGCGGCUUCUGCAGAUUUUUGAAACUUGUAGUUCGAUAGUGAAAUGUACUAAACUUUAUCAGCCACAUGUUGUAAUGGGUUGGGCUUGCAAACAUCUGAAUUGGAUACUUUGUAUCAACCUUGUUCUUGUAAAAUUAUUAAAAACUGCCAUUGUUUCCGUAACCCACUCACUGUUGAUUACAGUGUGAUGGGUUUCAAGUUUGGAAUGCAUAACGUUAAUCAUCGCUACUUUGAGCAUUUAUACGUUUUGGAAUGUUGUCCGAACCUCUCAAACUCAAAUUGUGAUUCUAUGUAAGUGUCAUGUCAUAGUUAGAGGUAUGAAACUGAAUGGAUAUUUUUUAUUAGGGAAAGUUAGGCUGGCUAAUUUCCCCCUCAAAUUAUGCCAGUGUACAUCAUCAAAUGAUAGCCAACUAACUGUUCUCUCUACGUUGGAGUCCAGUUUGUAAGCAUAACUUGUACACAUUAUAAUAUGGCAGACAACCCUGUCCAAAUUGAUAGAAACUAGUCGUCAUCUGACAGUGAUCAAGGCCUAACUACUGUUCCACAAACACUUUCUGUUAUAAGGCCUCUCAUCACUCUGCCGAAGUAUUCCAUGUUUAGCACUCACCUUUUUAUAUUGGUUAGGCCUAGAAGUGACUGAUGUGGUAUUGUUUGGGGUGGGCCCUGGGCAUGUGAGAGGUGGGUCGGGCGUUAUGAGAAUGCAUCUUAUAUAAUCACACACUUUUUCUUCUUAAAUUGGGUCGUUGGAGGAUGAUUUAGGUCACGGGAGGACAGUCAACUUAUAAUUUGCGUCUUGAGAUGAAAACGUUUAAUAACCCCUAUCAGUUAUCUAAGUGUAUAUGUUUGUGUGAGUGAAGAAGGCCCUCUGAUAAUAACUAAAUCAUUUUUUUGGCUUGACAGUGAGAUCUAAGCAGACAGACACUGAGCGGAUUCUCCUGCUGGUAAGUCAGCCACUCCUCCAUAUGGUCACUAGUCUUUCCGUUUAGGCUUUGAAGGUGCACCAUCUCUUUGUCCCUCCCGUUUAGGUAAUUUAUCUCGCACCAUUGGAUAGGUGAAAGCAAGGGUUAUGAACUACAUGACUUUCACCAAUCCAGUCAAGUCAGAGUAAGUAUAAUCUUUAGGGAGAGAAGAAUGGAUGCAUUUUCAAAGUACUGAAACAGGCCCUAGGUUUAAAUUGACCACAGAGAAAGCAGAAGUCAGAAUACACACUUGCCAAUACCACACUACGUGGGUAUAUGUUUAUUUGGGUGUAAUUUCUGUUUUAGUUUGAUGCAAUAUUGUACAAUGCAAGUGUAAACAACUUGGAUUGCUUAUUCUUUACCAGUAAAGUUUGACAGAAUUUGAGAGGGAGGGAGAAGACACUUUUAUUUGUGUAAGAACAUAGGAUUAUCAUUAGUUUAGUAGACGCCUAAACCUUAAGGCCCUGUGUUAUUGUAACGUCUUAAGGCUCCUAAACCUUAAGGCCCUGUGUUAUUGUAACUUCUUAAGGCUCCUAAACCUUAAGGCCCUGUGUUAUUGUAACUUCUUAAGGCUCCUAAACCUUAAGGCCCUGUGUUAUUGUAACUUCUUAAGGCUCCUAAACUUGAAACCACAUUUGCAUUACUAACCUCUGAAGAUCCUGCAGCAGUAACUGCACCAUACAGUAACUGUGAUAGUGGGGUUUUUCCCUCUCUCAAAUUCUGUAAAACUUUAUUGGUACGAAAUACGCAAUCCAAGUUGCAGAAGCAAUACAACAGAAAUGACUAAUAAAACCUUUCACAUUCUAACAGGUCACAACUCUGUCUCUCUUGCGCUCUCUCCCCCUCUCUCACUAUAUCUCUCUCUCUGUGCAGGUGUUGCUCAGUGGGCAGUAGUGGUUUCUAGUGCUGGUGUUCUGUUGAAGGGGCUCCUUAGCGCUCUGUGCUGUUGUCUUGCUGUGUCCUGGGUUAGGACUGCCAGCCUAUGGCUCUAAUGGACAAACACAAAGUAAAGCGACAAAGACUCGACCGCAUUUGUGAGGGUAAGGAGCCGUGUUUUGCGACACACAAACGCACGCACAGACCACAUACACACUGACCAUACACACACUGCGCAUCUUACAUCUUAUCUUUUUCUAUAAUAGGCAUUUUAAAUAUUAAGAUUUCACAAUUAAUUUUACCAGGUUAUAGUCAUAUGGUAAUUAGUAUUCUCACAUGAUAUUCUCACACCUCCAUCACAAAUUCAUAAUACAAAAUGGUUUCUACAAGUCUGAUUUGGUGUAUCAGAACAUCCUCCAGAGAGGAUGUGCAGUGUUUUUCAAAUUGAUUGAAUGUAUGAUUACUGCUUCUUAUCGCAUGCCUAUGUAUAUAAUCUUUUGCACUUUCAGUGCAUUCGGAAAGUAUUCAGACCCCUUGACCUUUUCCACAUUUGUUACGCUACAGCCUUAUUCUAAAACUGCAUUUAUUUAUUUAUUAUAUUCCCCUCAAUCUACACACAAUACCCCAUAAUGACGAAGUGAAAACAGGUUUUUAGAACAUUUUGCAAAUGUCUUAAAAAUAAAAAAACAGAAAUACCUUGUUUACAUAAGUAUUCAGACCCUUUGCUAUGAGACUCUAAAUUGAGCUCAGGUGCAUCUUGUUUCCAUUGAUCUUCCUUGAGAUGUUUCUACAACUUGAUUGGAGUCCACCUGUGGUAAAUUCAAUUGAUUGGACAUGAUUUGGAAAGGCACACGCCUGUCUAUAUAAAGUCCCACAGUUUACCAUACAUGUCUGGGGCGGCAGGUAGCUUAGUGGGUAAGAGCGUUGUGCCAGUAACCGAAAGGUCGCUGGUUCUAAUCCCCGAGCCGACUAGGUGAAAAAUCUGUCGAUGUGCCCUUGAGCAAGGCACUUAACCCUAAUUGCUUCUGUAAGUCGCUCUGGAUAAGAGCGUCUGCUAAAUGACUAAAAAAAAAAAAAAAAUGUCAGAGCAAAAACCAAGCCAUGAGGUUGAAGGAAUUGUCCGUAGAACUCAGAGAAAGGAUUGUGUCGAGGCACAGAUCUGGGGAAGGGUACUAAAAAAUUUCUGCAGCAUUGAAGGUCCCCAAGAACACAGUGGCCUCCAUCAUUCUUAAAUGGAACAAGUUUGGAACCACCAAGACUCUUCCUAGCUGGCUGCCCGCUCAAUUUGAGCAAUCAAGGGAGAAGGGCCUUGGUCAGGGAGGUGACCAAGAACCCGAUGGUCACUCUGAAAGAGCAACAGAGUUCCUCUGUGGAGAUGGGAGAACCUUCCAGAAGGACAACCAUCUCUGCAGCACUCCACCAAUCAGGCCUUCUUUUUUUUUGUGGCCAGACGCCACUCCUCAGUAAAAGGCACAUGACAGCCCGCUUGGAGUUUGCCAAAAGGCACCUAAACGAGACUCACACCAUGAGAAACAAGAUUAUCUGGUCAGAUGAAACCAAGAUUGAACUCGUUGGCCUAAAUGCCAAGCGUCACAUCUGGAGAAAACCUGGGGCACCAUCCCUAUAGUGAAGCAUGGUGGUGGCACCAUCAUGCUGUGGGGAUGUUUUUCAGCGGCAGGGACAGGGAGACCAGUUGGGAUCGAGGGAAAGAUGAACGGAGCAAAGUACAGCGAGAUCCUUGAUGAAAACCUGCUCCAGAGCACUCAGGACCUCAGACUGGGGCGAAGGUUCACCUUCCAACAGGACCACGACCCUAAGCACACAGCCAAGACAACGCAGGAGUGGCUUCAGGACAAGUCUCUGAAUAAAUGUCCUUGAGUGGCCUAGCCAGAGCCCGACUUGAAUCCGAUCGAACAUCUCUGGAGAGACCUGAAAAUAGCUGUGCAGAGACGCUCCCCAUCCAACCUGACAGAGCUUGAGCUUGAGGCUCUGCAGAGAAGAAUGGGAGAAACACCCCAAAUACAGCUGUGCCAAGCAUGUAGCGUCAUACCCAAGAAGACUUGAUGCUGUAAUCGCUGCCAAAGGUGCUUCAACAAAGUACUGAGUAAGGGUCUGAAUACUGUUGUAAAUGUGAUAUUUCAGUUUUUUUGCUUUGUCAUUAUGGGGUAUUGUGUGUAGAUUGACGAGGAAAAACAUAUUUAAUCCGUUUUAGAAUAAGGCUGUAACGUAUAAAAAUUUGGAAAAAGUCAAGGGGUCUGAAUACUUUCCGAAUGCACUGUACAUCAGCUGCUGAUAUGGGAAAUCUGUUAUUAAUGAUCAGCCUAUUGGUGUGUGGAGUGGCAGAUAGGAUAUAGGGCUGGGAAUUGCCAGGGACCCGAGGAUAUUAUUACAACGCUUUGGUGGCAAUACGAUAUGUAUUGCGACUCUCACGGUUGUAAAGGUAUUGCGAUUUUAUUCGAUGUUCCAAACAUAUUGCUCACCAUAUGUCUGCUGCAGAGAGACGAGAGAGCAUGAGAAAAUUAGUUUUGAUCAGUCAUGGAAAUAGAAGCGCUGAAAAUAAAUGUGGCUCCCUAUUUCAAAAGAAGACGGAGAACAAGCUAUGAAGGAAAAAUGCUGGAGUUUUGGUGCAGGUACAGCCAACUAACUCAAAAAUAAUAUUGCGAUAUUGUCAAAAUAUAGUCAAAAAUAAUAUCCUGAUAUUUUUACAUUUACAUUUUAGUCAUUUAGCAGACGCUCUUAUCCAGAACGACUUACAGUUAGUGAGUGCAUACAUCAUUUUUUUUAUACUGGCCCCCCGUGGGAAUCGAACCCACAACCCUGGCGUUGCAAAUGCCAUGCUCUACCAACUGAGCUACAUCCCUGCCGGUCAUUCCCUCCCCUACCCUGGACGACGCUGGGCCAAUUGUGCGCCGCCCCAUGGGUCUCCCGGGCGCGGCCGGCUACGACAGAGCCUGGAUAUGUAACUGUAUUGAUUGCCCCCCUCCCUCCCACAUCACUAGUAGAAUAGUGUAGUGAUGGGUUCGGGAUAGUCAGAGAGAGAGCAAAAUGCCCUUAUCUCACUUCCUGUUUCUGUCUGUGGGUAUUUCAAGAGGGGUUAGUGGGUGGCCAAGGUCAAAAUGUUGAGGAUGAUUGAGUACAUGACAGGCUAGAAAAAUAGACCAGUUAGAUUACAACAUGAUCAGUGUUUUUUGACAAUGACUGAAAUGAACUGAAAAGGUUGAAUGGUGUCGCUUUGGCCUAGAUGUAAAACAAAUAAAUUGGUAUUGCAAGUCAUGCUAAGCCUCAAUUUGUAGUGUAUACAAAUGUCAUAAAAAGGUUAUAAAAUCAUAUAAAAGAUGGUCCAGUUAUCUUAUUAAAUUCUGGACAUAUUAGACUAAAUUCUGGUCUGUACUAGCCCAGUCCAAACUAAAUAAAAUGGUGCAAAAUGCAGCCCUUGGGUGAUGUUGAGAUAAAAUGGAGGGAGUUGUCUGGGAGAGUCAGGUCCCCUGAGAUGAGCGAGAGUAGCAGGGUGAGGGGUCGCAGCCGUGGCUACAGGGAAACAGGCCAGCUGUCUCUUUAAAAAACAACAACAGCCAGACCCAGCCACUGCCUGGCUAUGCUAAUGAGGUUAGUGCUGGUUGGCUGGCCCUCAAUGGAGCCGCCCGUGAUUGGAGCCGGACAGUGGGGGAGGGGCUGGGUGUGGAUGACAGCAGGGACCUAGCCGGCCACGAACAGUCUGACAGAACGAGAGCGAGAAAAGAAAGAACGAUAGAGGGAGAGAGCGAGGCAAGAGAGCGUGAGAGAGAGAGAGAGAGAGAGGAAGACAGGCUGGCAAACUUCAUAAUGCAAGGUUAGGCGCCGUGUGUGUGUUGUUAAUUGUGUGUGUGAAGGAGAGCUUGAAGAUGGAAGGGGGCGAUAUGGGCUUGGGUGUGGUGUUGCCGACGAGUGUGUGUGUCGUUUCCUUUUUGCUCAGCGUGUCCUUGUAGCGAAUUGAGCAACUGUGUGUGUGUGCACGGCGCCUGCGUGUUUGUGUGUGUUAUUGUGUGUCUGGCUAGAGGUUGGGUGGAGUAGUGCUGCAUUAUCAUCCUGCCCCUCCCCCUCUCCCUCGCUCUGCUCUCUCUCUCACACUCCUUAAACCAAGGGAAAGAGAAAGGAGGAGGAGGGAGGGAAAGAAAAGGAGGAGGAGGGAGAAUGAAUGAAGCGCUGAAUGAAUUGCAUUGUGUGCGCGGCCAUGCUUGUGCUCCAUAAGCCUUGUACGCAAGCGUCCUUUACUCAAAUGUGUUUGCGCUUCUACGGUUGCCUUUUGUUAACCAGUAAUUGUGAAUCCAUUGUGAUCUCCAGCAUGUGGAGAUUAAGAUAAAGGAAAAUGCUUUAUGUUUUUUAAUGAGAUGUAGAUUCACGUUCUUAAGCCUUCUCAGCUAGGCCCAGUUGGGAAGUUGGGAAAUGCUCUGACGUCACAGGAAGUGAUAGGAUAGGAACUGGUGGCCUGCCAGCCACCAGUUCCUAUCCUACUCCCCCCUCUCUUUGUCCCUCCCCCACACUCCCACUAUGACACAGGACAUAUUGUUUGUGGAUGUCUGUCUGUGUGUCUAUCUGUCCCUGCAUGCAUCCUGCCCUCUGUCCAAGUGAAUGUUCCAGUGAGACACAUGUAUUCCCCCCCCCUUCUUGUCCCUCUCCCCCACCCCAGACCAUACACCUGUCACGCAGAGACCGUGUGUGUGUGUGCGCGCUUCUGGUCUAGAGGCCAGUGGUGUGGUCUGGUGUGUGUUACAUCUCUCUCUCUCUGUGUGUGUGUGUGUGUGUGUGAGAAAUGGGCAGUGCGUUCCGAUUCAGAAGGCCAGUUCAUGUUUAGUUCAGUGAGAAGGAGAGCGCGAAGACAUACACACACAAAUAUGUCCUAUGAUGAUGGUAUCGGUGGUGAUGUUAGCUGUUGUUGCAGUUGGCCACAUUUGUCUAGUGACCUUUGGCACAGAUGUUUGCCUUGUGCUUUGUCUCACAUUCUGGCCACUUGGUGCUGAAUGAUUGUUGAGGAUUUCGAUGCAGACGUUGAUGGUUAUUUUGGCUGAACGUUUGCAGCACAAUGGUGGACAAAUGUAGCCAUGUAUCAGUGGCGUGUGUUUACAGAAGUGUGUACAGAACAGGUGUGUGUGUGUGUUUGGGGCGGGCUGGUACAGCCUCACUCGUCUGGAGCCUCCAGACGAGGGAAUUUAGGUCAUGACUCCGAAGAGGCUCUCUCUACCCCCUCCCCCCUUCUUCCCUGCACCCCGCAUCUCAACCCCUCUACUGCCCCUCCCCCAGCCGUCACACUCGACCUCCACUGGCACUGCAGCCAGCUACAGUGUAGCUCCACAAGCAUCUUCAUCCUCUGCUCUGGCUAGAGUCAGGGAUGUGUGUGUCCUUCAGUGUGUCUUACAUGUGUCAUCAUAGCAUGUGUGUCUGAAUGCCAUGGGGUUGGAUGUAUUGACCUUUCAGGUUAGUUAUUGUGUCUUUGUCAUCUCAAAUGCUCUCUCUGCAGCAGCAGAUCCAGUUACACGUUACCAUUGCGUAACCGUCACGCACGCGCACACACACCCACUGAUCCAUUUUUACAUUUGACAUUUUAGUCAUUUAGCAGACGCUCUUAUCCAGAGCGACUACAGUUAGUGAGUGCAUACAUUAUUUUUUAUUACUUUUUUCAUACUGGCCCCCCGUGGGAAUCAAACUCACAACCCUGGCUCUACCAACUGAGCUACAUCCCUGCCGGCCAUUCCCUCCCCUACCCUGGACGACGCUGGGCCAAUGGUGCGCCGCCCCAUGGGUCUCCCGGUCACGGCCGGCUACGACAGAGCCUGGAUUCGAACCAGGAUCUCUAGUGGCACAGCUAGCACUGCGAUGCAGUGCCUUAGACCACUGCGCCACUCGGGAUCCCUCAGGGUGCCAGUGUUGACAAGGCCCUGGCUGUUUGUGUGGGAGGAGAAGAGAGCAUCAUGGGACUCACUUUGGGAGAGUUUGCUUUGGUAGUAGUAAUCAUGUUAGUGGUCAUUGGUCAGACUCAGUCACUGUUCAGGUUGAACCCGCUCUGGCCCCAGCACUGAUGAUGCCAGUGGCUAUGAUCAUCCCUGGGCAAGUUCAGAGGGACUCUAAUGGUGUGUAUUGUAAUGGUCAAGGCAAUGGUGCGUGUAGAAGGUUUAGGGCAGUGACUCAUUUUGCCCAGACUCCAGAAAGAUUGUCGAAUCACUAACCUCUGUGAACAGUCACAUCUGAAUAACAUGGUGUGGUAUGCUGUGUUUUUUACUGUAUCACACAUUCCCAAAGGAAGCCAUUUUGUAUGGGCAAACGACCAACUCAAAAUGGACUGUAAACAUCAGAUAAACACUUAUCGUUUGAUGGUUAUAAUAUGGACAUUUUCAAAAAUGUGUCCCGUUCUGGAAUCAAACCCACAACCCUUAGUGUUGCAAGCACCAUGCUCCAACCAACCUAGCCAGCCAUUGGAACCAAAGCAGCACAUACGAUUUCAGAAGAAUGCAACUAUUUAGUGACCUUUUCAUAAUGCCAAAUCAUGUCUUAACUGUCCCCCUCUCCCCUGUGUGCAGGCAUCCGCCCCCCCAUCCUGAACGGGCCCAUGCACCCUCGGCCCCUGGUGGCCCUGCUGGACGGGCGUGACUGCACCAUAGAGAUGCCCAUCCUCAAGGACGUGGCCACUGUGGCCUUCUGUGAUGCCCAGUCCACCCAGGAGAUACACGAGAAGGUAGAGCUAUAAACAAACACACACACUGAGUUUACAAAAAAAUUAGGAACACCUGCUCUUUCCAUGAACAGACUGACCAGGUGAAUCCAGGUGAAAGCUAUGAUCCCUUAUUGAUGUCACUUGUUAAAGCCACUUCAAUCAGUGUAGAUGAAGGGGAGGAGACAGGUUAAAGAAGGUUUUUUAAGCCUUGAGACAAUUGAGACAUGGAUUGUCUGUGUGUGCCAUUCAGAGGGUGAAUGGGCAAGACAGAAGAUUUAAGUGCCUUUGAACGGGGUAUGGUAGUAGGUGUCAGGUGCACCGUUUUGAGUGUGUCAAGAACUGCAACGGUGCUAGGUUUUUCACACUCAACAGUUUCCUGUGUAUAUCAAGAAUGGUCCACCACCCAAAAGACAUCCUGCCAACUUGACACAACUGUGGGAAGCAUUGUCAACAUGGGCCAGCAUCCCUGUGGAACGCUUUCGACAUCUUGUAGAGUCCCAUGCCCUGACAAAUUGAGGCUGUUCUGAGGGCAAAAGGGGUUGCAACUCAAUAUUAGGAAGAUGUUCACUCAGUAUAUAAUUUAUAAGGCAACGUACACUAUGUGGUUGUAAGCUUCCUGUUCAUGUGGCUAUAAGCGGCAGUUCCUGAUUUAAAAAAAAUACAAUAAAGUUAUUCAAGACUACCUCCUGACUGCCAGCCAUAUGUUUAUUUGAGUAUUUAUGCACUCUCCCUUUAACGCCCUGUCUAACCAGCAGUAUAAUGGUGUGUUAACCCUGUCUAACGGUCCUCUGUAGCUCAAUUGGUAGAGCACGGCGCUUGUAACGCCAGGGUAGUGGGUUCGAUCCCCGGGACCACCCAUAUGUAAAAAUGUAUGCACGCAUGACUGUAAGUCGCUUUGGAUAAAAGCAUCUGCUAAAUGGCUUAUUAUUAUAUUAUUAUUAUUAUUAUUAUAUUAUAACGGUGUGUGUAAACCCUGUGUUACCAGCUGUAUAACGGUGUCUGUGUAUUAACCCCGUAGGUGCUGAACGAGGCAGUGGGGGCUCUGCUCUACCACACCAUCACUCUCUCCAGAGACGACCUGGAUAAGUUCAAAGGCCUCCGAGUCAUUGUCAGGAUCGGCAGUGGCUUCGACAACGUCGACAUCAAAGCUGCAGCUGAGCUGGGUGAGUCAUGCACGAAUACACACACACAGUAUGCCGACGAACAGGUACGCACACACACACACACACGGAUGCAUAUUACACAUAAUCAGAGACGCCGCCUUUCCUAGAUCUGCCCCAUCAGUCCUCUCUUUCCUUCAUCUUACCAUCUCCCUCUCUCCCAGGCAUCGCAGUGUGUAACGUGCCAGCGUGCUCGGUGGAGGAGACGGCCGACACGUCCAUGUGUCUGAUCCUGAACCUGUACCGCCGCGUCACCUGGAUGCAUCAGGCCCUGAGGGAGGGCACCAGGGCGUCCAGCGUGGAGCAGAUCAGGGAAGUGGCCGGGGGAGCUGCCCGCAUCCGGGGGGAGACGCUGGGCAUCAUCGGCCUGGGUGAGUGGGGGUACUCUGGGCAAGGGUAUGGAGGUUGAUGGAGUUACUGGGCAGUGGAGAAUGGGGCUGAUUUGGAGCAGCUGAUUUUGAUGUAAGGCUAGUGGCCUCCAGUCUGGCCUGUUUUCAAUUGAGAAUUGGAGCUGCCAGAGGCCCUGGAAUUUGCUUUAGGUACCUACAGUGGGGAAAAAAAGUAUUUAGUCAGCCAACAAUUGUGCAAGUUCUCCCACUUAAAAAGAUGAGAGAGGCCUGUAAUUUUCAUCAUAGGUACACGUUAACUAUGACAGACAAAUUGAGAAAAAAAAUCCAGAAAAUCACAUUGUAGGAUUUUUAAUGAAUUUAUUUGCAAAUUAUGGUGGAAAAUAAGUAUUUGGUCACCUACAAACAAGCAAGAUUUCUGGCUCUCACAGACCUGUAACUUCUUCUUUAAGAGGCUCCCCUGUCCUCCACUCGUUACCUGUAUUAAUGGCACCUGUUUGAACUUGUUAUCAGUAUAAAAGACACCUGUCCACAACCUCAAACAGUCACACUCCAAACUCCACUAUGGCCAAGACCAAAGAGCUGUCAAAGGAACCAGAAACAAAAUUGUAGACCUGCACCAGGCUGGGAAGACUGAAUCUGCAAUAGGUAAGCAGCUUGGUUUGAAGAAAUCAACUGUGGGAGCAAUUAUUAUGAAAUGGAAGACAUACAAGACCACUGAUAAUCUCCCUCGAUCUGGGGCUCCACGCAAGAUCUCACCCCGUGGGGUCAAAAUGAUCACAAGAACGGUGAGCAAAAAUCCCAGAACCACAUGGGGGGACCUAGUGAAUGACCUGCAGAGAGCUGGGACCAAAGUAACAAAGCCUACCAUCAGUAACACACUACGCCGCCAGGGACUCAAAUCCUGCAGUGCCAGACGUGUCCCCCUGCUUAAGCCAGUACAUGUCCAGGCCCGUCUGAAGUUUUGCUAGAGUGCAUUUGGAUGAUCCAGAAGAGGAUUGGGAGAAUGUCAUAUGGUCAGAUGAAACCAAAAUAGAACUUUUUGGUAAAAACUCAACUUGUCGUGUUUGGAGGACAAAGAAUGCUGAGUUGCAUCCAAAGAACACCAUACCUACUGUGAAGCAUGGGGGUGGAAACAUCAUGCUUUGGGGCUGUUUUUCUGCAAAGGGACCAGGACGACUGAUCCGUGUAAAGGAAAGAAUGAAUGGGGCAAUGUAUCGUGAGAUUUUGAGUGAAAACCUCCUUCCAUCAGCAAGGGCAUUGAAGAUGAAACGUGGCUGGGUCUUUCAGCAUGACAAUGAUCCCAAACACACCGCCCGGGCAACGAAGGAGUGGCUUCGUAAGAAGCAUUUCAAGGUCCUGGAGUGGCCUAGCCAGUCUCCAGAUCUCAACCCCAUAGAACAUCUUUGGAGGGAGUUGAAAGUCUGUGUUGCCCAGCGACAGCCCCAAAACAUCACUGCUCUAGAGGAGAUCUGCAUGGAGGAAUGGGCCAAAAUACCAGCAACAGUGUGUGAAAACCUUGUGAAGACUUACAGAAAACGUUUGACCUGUGUCAUUGCCAACAAAGGGUAUAUAACAAAGUAUUGAGAAACUUUUGUUAUUGACCAAAUACUUAUUUUCUACCAUAAUUUGCAAAUAAAUUCAUUAAAAAUCAUACAAUAUGAUUUUCUGGAUUUUUUUUCUUCUCAUUUUGUCUGUCGUAGUUGACGUGUACCUAUGAUGAAAAUUACAGGCCUCUCUCAUCUUUUUAAGUGGGAGAACUUGCACAAUUGGUGGCUGACUAAAUACUUUUUUCCCCCACUGUAUAUGCCCCGCCAUGGAAAUACAAACACUAGUUAACCCUGUGCGGUCCUCUCCCUGCAGGUCGUGUGGGCCAGGCGGUGGCUCUGCGGGCCAAGGCGUUUGGUUUCGGGGUGAUCUUCUACGACCCCUACCUACCCGACGGCGUGGAACGCUCCCUGGGCCUGCAGAGGAUGGCUACCCUCCAAGACCUGCUCAUCCACUCUGACUGUGUCUCUCUACACUGCAGCCUCAACGAACACAACCACCACCUCAUCAACGACUUCACCAUCAAACAGGUACGCAAUGUCAGAUGCGCACACACACAUAUUUUAUGUGUAUGUUUUAGGGCUGUCAAACGAUUAAAAUAAUUGCGAUUAAUUGCACAAUUUUCUGUAGUUAAUCACGAUUAAUCCCCCAAAAAUUAUUUGCUCAAAUUUGGCCCUUAAGAAAAAAACAAUCCCAGUAAAAAGCAGUGCAUUGAGUUACAGGCAUAUUAUGCUUUUAUUUUAAGGGAUGGAAACAGUCUGUAUCAGAAAUAAAAUGUAAGCAUAGUAGCUACAUGUAAUAUUUUUGCUUUGUAAUUUCAGAACAUGUGUUUUUAAUAUCAAAAUGUAUGCACUCACUAACUGUAAGUCGCUCUGGAUAAGAGCGUCUGCUAAAUGACUAAAAUGUAAUAGUGGAAUGAUAGUGUUUCACAAUAUUUUUUUCCUCCCAGAAAAUGUUUGGGCACAGACAAAAUUGCAUUCUAAUGGUGCAGCCUUCUUAUUGGUCAACAAAAGACGGACCGGCUCUUGUUGUUAAAUUGACUGGGCCUGAGCCUCAUGCUAACCGAGUCCGUUAGCGUGCGAUACUUAUACCAAUCGCUCAGCCCCAGUCAAUUUGACAACGAGAUUUGCUGGGCAAAAAAAAUAUAACAUGUAGGUCUUUUUAUUAGGCCUACUUACUCCCUCUUAUCAAUGUACUUGAAGUUUAACACUUGCGUGCACACACACACACACACACACACACACACACACACACACACACACACACACACACACAUAUAUACAGUUAAAGCUUCAGGCAUUCUAAAUGAGUGUCCUCUCAAUUUCUGAUUAUAGGGUUGAGUACAGGAAAACAGAACUGUCUCUAUGGAUACAAAGAACAAAAAGCAUUUAAACCUGUUCAACAAUGUUAUGAAUUCCACAGAAGAACAAAACAGAUCAGCCAGGUCUGAGUUCAUGUAAUACAGCUAUUAGAUGUAGCCUAGGCUACUUCAACAUGAACUAGUCACAAGCUGUUACUACUAGAAUUGGGAUAAUUUGCUUAAAUCUUUUGACCUGAGAAAUGCAACAAAAACAGUAGCUAAGUGGAAUGGAUGUCCUGUUCUGAUUCAAAUCAUUGUGGGAAGUUUGAGUUUUAUCGAGGCAUUCAGCCAUGGCAUUGUAAACAUUAUUUUGGUUAGCUAGCUAAUGUUAGCAUAACUAGCUAGCUACUUUUGUACAAAUGAUGUUUUUGCUGUUAUCUAAAGAAACACAUGAGAAUGUGUUUAUGGUUGAACUUUCUGUACGUUUUCCUUAAUUGUUGCUCAAAGCUGCGCUCAUAGUGGAUGUUUUUAAGGGUGUUUUCACACAGUCCUCUUUUAAAAUAACUGAUCUCAGUCCUAUUUAAAGUGAACUCAGGGGUAAAGAACUCAGUUCUCUUUGCAUUCACACUGCCCUUGCCUUUGAAUGAGGACUCCACUCUUUUGUCAGUUCACUUCACCUUUUUUGAGGUCAGAGUCCUCUUUGCGUUCGCAUUUCUAUGUUUAGAAAGGACCCAAAAUAUUUGUGCAAUAUUCACUCAAUGCACUCUGGGUAAAAGUACAGGAUAAGCCAUUCCAUCAGAACGUGCUAUCAGACAGCUAGAUACCUACUUACAUUUUGGAAGCUAAUAGAUUGCAUUUUGUUAAAAGAUGAGACAUACUAAACUACCACACUAUUCUCACACUAUUCAAACCCCACAUUCGAAUAAACAGUUCAUGAACCUCUUAGCCUAUAGGUCAACAUAUUGCAGAUAAUCUGCUAAUCGGCACACAUUUUUUACGCGAACCGGCACAUCUUCUCUCUCCAACGUGAAGGGGUUAUUGCAGGGGAAACGGUGUUGCAGUAGUCUAGUGUGUGGUGUGGUAGUAAUGACAAGCGAACCUGGGGAGCUUUGCGUUCACAUUGUCCUAAAAAAGGGAACCGGACCGCAGAAUUCAAGCGAACCAAACUCGGACCACCUCUCGAGAUGGUCUCAGUUCGGUUCGCUUCGGGGGCUCUUUUGAGGGGUCCGAGUUCCUUUUGGAGUGUUCACACUACACCAAAAAUGAGGGGAACCGCACGGAGUUCACAAAAAUUGGCUGAAAGGGACCAAGUGUGAAAACACCCUGAGAGACAGACGGUGCUACAAAACAGAAGCUGCCACCGAGUGCGGAGUCCGUGCGGAAACACGUGCGCUUAAAAGGGGUCCGUGCGAUGAAGAAAUGGUGACGCGAUUUAAAGGCGUCAAAAAAAUGAAUGCCUUUUAAAAAUGUAACGCCUUAUUAACUCGUUAACAUUGACAGCCCUAGUAUGUUUGUAAAUUCACGUGCUUACAUGCAUAUCGAGGUAACUUACAAAAUAAUGGAAAGACUUGACUAAAUGAGGGAUACAAAGUAUAUUAAAAGCAGGUGCUUCCACACAGGCCUCGUUCCUGAGUUAAUUAUGGGAGUAUGUGUGUAUAUAAAGUUAACCCCGUGUGUUCUGUGUGUAGAUGCGUCAGGGAGCGUUCCUGGUGAACUCUGCGCGGGGAGGGCUGGUGGAUGAGAAGGCUCUGGCUCAGGCCCUGAAGGAAGGACGGAUACGAGGAGCCGCACUGGACGUCCACGAGACAGAGCCCUUCAGGUACACACAGCCCUCUGAAGGAUCCUAGCCUGAUCUCUAACCCCCACACGUCUGUUUGACCGUGCAACCUCCUCUCUCUUUCCCCCUCUAACCCUAACCCGCUCUUUGUUGUUGUAGUUUCUCCCAGGGCCCUCUGAAGGAUGCUCCCAACCUCAUCUGUACCCCCCACACGUCCUGGUACAGUGAGCAGGCCUCCAUCGAGGCCAGAGAGGAGGCAGCCAGGGAGGUGCGCCGUGCCAUCACUGGUAAGACACUAACCCCACACAUAACUUUGUAUUAUUAGUUAUUACAUAGUUAUGAAUUGGUUAUUGAUUAUUUCAAUGGCUUUAUGUAGCUUGAGUAUAGCUGCAUGUUUUGAGGUUCUGAGCUGUCUGGUGUUAUAUCUUACCUACACUCUUUUUUUGCAAACCAAUGUGGUGAGAGUUUAAAAAGGAAAUAAUAAAAAGCAUGUGCAGGAGAGCAAAAAACCCUGAGUGGCUUGUAAGGCACCUCCCCCUUUCAAAUAUUACUAGAACAAAACAAAAAUGGUAUCUAGGUUAUUGAAAUAGAGAUUGGGGAUUUACACGCUAACCCCUUGUCCCCUGUCUGUCCUCUGUUAGGGCGUAUCCCAGACAGUCUGAAGAACUGUGUGAAUAAGGAGUAUCUGAUGGCAGCGUCCCAGUGGCCCAGUAUGGAGGCUGCGACAGUCCACCCUGAACUCAACGGAGGCGGUGCAUACAGGUGAGACCCUCAGCGGUUAAGGUGAGCACAGGAGAGGAGGACAACCAAGUCAGGAAGUGUAUCAUGAUUAUUAUUAUACUUAUUUUAUGCAAGAUAUGAUAUCUGUUCUUCACAGUAGAUUUGUGUGUAGAUGAAUGUGCUGCAAUGUUGCGCCCUCCUGAACAAGGCCCUGAUAUAUAUAUUUCUCUCUCUCUCUCUCGCUCUCUCUUUACGUCAGGUUUCCUGUGGGUCUGAUCAGCGUGGCAGCAGGGGGUCUGACGGGGGCGGGAGCAGGGGUAGAGGCCCUGGCUCACGCCAUCGCCCCUGUGUCCCAUCCCCCCCACACCUCAUCGCCAGGGCAACCCAACAAGGCGGAGGCAGACAGAGACAUCCCUUCCGACCAAUAG